CUAGCUCAGGGAAAAGAAAACACAGGUGAUUUGCGACAUUUGCUGUUUAGCGUCUUCUAGCGGUACAUGGUGUUUCUCCAUCCACAGUCGUUUUCCUCCUCGUAGACACUAGUCAAUAGUUUGCUGUUUUCACCCAUUUUCCUGCCUCACAUUAAUUUAACCAACAGUGACGAGCUUCGCCCUCCUCUUCCUCCUCCUCCUCCUGCAGCGGUGGAGUCAAAGAGUUAGCGGCUAGCCGGGAAAGCGUCACCCCAGCAGGAUGAGCGGUGAUGAGGUGAACCCCGCGGCGGUGGCUCAGCCUGUGGAGGAUGUGCAGGGAGAUGGACGGUGGCUGUCACAGCACACAAGGUUUGUGCAGGAGUGCAAAGACGGUGAACCCGAUGUGCUUUUUAUUGGGGAUUCUAUGGUGCAAUUAAUGCAGCAGCAUGAGGUCUGGAGGGAGGUGUUCUCUCCUCUUCACUCUCUCAACUUUGGGAUAGGUGGAGACACCACCUGUAAUGUUUUGUGGAGGCUGCAGAACGGAGAGCUGGAGAACAUACGGCCAAAGGUGGUGGUUUUGUGGGUAGGAACCAACAACCACGAACACACGGCAGAACAAGUUGCAGGGGGAAUUCUCGCCAUCGCACAAAUGCUCACCACCCGCCUCCCCAAGGCAAAGAUAGUUGUAUUGUCGUUGUUGCCUCGAGGGGAGCGUCCCAACCUGCUGAGGGAGAAAAACGCCACCGUCAACGGGCUGGUGCGCUCCUGGUUGCCUCGGCUGCGCCAGGCCCAGUUCCUGGACGUGAGCAGGGAAUUCGUCCACUCGGACGGAACCAUCAGCCCGCAAGACAUGUUCGACUACCUCCACCUGACGGCCGCGGGCUACCGCACCAUUUCCAAGCCGCUCAGCGAGCUGCUGCUUCAGAUCCUGGAGGAGACGCCAGAGGAGAGGCGAGCGUCGCUGGUCUGAAGGCUGCAGCCACGGGCCGCGUUCACCCAGAACCAUGUUGUCCCGCCACCGGUGGGGAAGCAUGCUCCUGGAAGAGAAAGAGGCCUCAAGUCGGGGAGAAAGACUUCUACAGAUGUAGACACUACGCUUUCAGCUGUAAUCUCUGUUGCAUAAAAGGAUUCCCCAACAUGAGGCAUCUCGUACUGUAGUCACAACUGCAACAAUAUGAUGAGGUAAUGUCACCCUUUGUCGCUUGUGUCGUUUAAAACUCGCCAUUCCUUUUUGUGAAGAGAGCGUAGCUUUAAGUUGGGUGUGUCGGGCUCCCAAAGCAAGUCGUGAUGCAGACUAUCAUCCUUUUAGGACCUUUUUAAAAUCUUAACAAUCAUAGACGAAUCAAAACUGAGCUGAGACUCUCUGCAUGUUUGAGACCAGCUGUGGUCUUUGGUGGAGCUUCAUGAUGUUCUGUCACGUUGCUCAAUAAUCUCCUGGUCUUCCACAAACCUCCAGCAAAGCUUCAUCUUCAUUAUGCAAGAGUAUUUAUUUGCUUCUAGCUUAUUUAAUUCCAUCAAGUGAGAUUUAAAAAAAAAAAAAAAGUCCUGCUAGUUUUCAAAGAAAACCUAAAGAAAUCCGAAGAGUUGUCCAGCUUCCUUAAUAAUCUUAUAAUCCCUCUGAGUACAGUUGGAUGCGGGGCCUGUGACGGCCUCUCCCAGCAUCUAAUUCCUUAUCCGUGUGAACGUUCAUAGUCUGAUUCCACUUUCUGGUCUCACGUUUCUUGUCUUCACUUGUCUCCACAGCUCUUAUCGCUGUUUUAUUUGCAAAUUGCACCUACAAAUCUUUGACUCUACCCAGUAUAGUUACAAUUUGAAGGAUAAAUCGCACACUAAGCUAUACUUAAUAUGAAGUCAUCUCAGCUUGGUGGAAGUGCAGCUGUUCAUGCCUCACUUCUGCUGUUAAACAUCCAACAUUGCUGCUGUCUGCUUCACAUUUGAUGCAUUAAAUAUAAAUAGUGUGUUCGUGCGUGUGUGCCUUAAGUGUUCAUGAGGUGAGUGUGUGCAGGAUGUCCGGUGUUAAUUUUGUAAGGUGUGAGUGUGUAGAGAUGCAUUCCUGUGUUCUCUGUGCCGCGGUGUUUGCACUGUCCUUGCUUCGUUAUGAGGUAAAAAGAAAUCCAAUAAAAAGGAUCUAAUCAUGU